UCACACAAGAAAAAGUUUGGGAACGACAGAAAUGAAAACACAAAAGACAUCGACUUACAACUACCUACAAAACAAAAACUGGUCGAUGUGAAAGAAGUAAGCAGAAAAUGGAGAACAGCAUGUGCAGUAUCUGCCUUUGUAUGUGUUGGGUUAAUGUCAGCUCUUGGUGUACUAUUGUGGUUAGUGCUAUCAACAAAGGCGUCUCCGUGUGAGUAUGUACAGUGUCUUCAUGAUGGGAAUUGUUCUGUUUCCGGAGACAAAGCAAUCUGCAACUGCCAUACUGGUUUUAAUGGAUUAAAAUGUGAAGGUACACCAUGUGUUAAUUAUAGCUGUGCCAAUGGUGGAACGUGUUUUCUUCAUGAAUUUCAGCCAAAAUGUGCAUGUAAAAAUGGAUUUACUGGUGCCAGUUGUACAAUAACACCAUGUUCAAGAUCACCAUGUGAACACGCUGGGACUUGUUCGGUGAUCGGUUCGAGUUUUUCUUGUGCAUGUUUAAACGGAUUUACAGGAUUACAAUGCGAAAGUACUCCAUGCGUUCGCUAUAGCUGUUUCAAUGGUGGGACGUGUUUUCUUGAUAAAUUUCAGCCAAAUUGUGCAUGCAAAAAUGGAUUUACUGGUGACCAUUGUAAAUUUCCGCCAAGAAAACACGCUGGGAAUUGUUCGAUGAAAGGUUCUAAUGUUACUUGUAUUUGUUUAAACGGAUUUGCAGGAUUGCAUUGCGAAAUUUAUGUAGCUGACUUUGAAAACAGCCUUGACUCAAUGUUUAUUCAAGACCUUGAUGACGAUUACAACUGGAAAGUACAUUCGAACGCAACACUAAGUACUAGUACUGGUCCUUCCACAGCUUAUAAAGGCAAUUACUACUUAUAUUUUGAGACAUCGUCACCUGUGAAGGAGGGAUCUACUGCAAGAUUAGUAUCACGAGACUUCAUGUUUGAAUCCUCUGGAUGCCUAAAAUUUCAUUACCACAUGCAUGGAUCUUCAAUGGGAACUUUAAAUGUAUAUCUAGGAAGCAGACAAAUUUGGAGGAAAACUGGAAAUCAAGGAAAUAAAUGGACACUUGCAAAACUUGACCUACAAUCUAACAGUUUCAAUAGCUCAAAGAUAUAUUUUGAAGCUGUUUGUGGAACAAGUCACACAAGUGAUAUCGCUAUAGAUGACGUUGAAGUACAUCCAUCAAGAUGCUGAUAUUCUUGAAUUACGCAGAAUAUUUCCUUGAAUUUAUGAGACAUGAUUGGUAACGAGGAACUUCAUAUGUGUCACAAACAUGUGUUUUUAGCGAGACUUCCUUUUUUGUAAAUAAAUUUUGAAAAAUUGUGAAUAUAUGGCAACAAUACAAAUUUUAAAGACCAAUAAAUACGAUCCUAUAUCGGAGUAUUUUAAAUGUAAGUGACUUAUAACAAAUCAAAAUUAAACAUCAGCAUUUUUAUCGACUGAUUAGUUUCAAUCAAAUUGAAUUUAUGAGAUCAGAGUUUCAGAAAAAUCGAUAGAAUCUUUUCCUCGAUAUGCAUAAAAUAAAUGACUAAACCGAAUUAUUAUGUGCCAGGUUGAAAUUGUAGAUAAACCAGAGUUUUGUAUUCAUGGUAUUGUUAAUUGUAUGGUGGCUUCUUUAAAUUUG